AUGGUGUCCGCCCUGGGCGGCCUAAAGGAGGUGUCAGCCACGCAGAAGUUUACACCGCGACUGAGCCAUCCACCAGAGACCCACAGGCCCUUCUCAGUUGGGCGUUCACGAGCGCAGAACAUGCUGGCCGUGGCUCUAGCCACUCAGGAUGAUCAGGCCAAAGUUCGUCGACUCGAGCAGGCGUUGGAGACACCCUGCGUGCGCUACGAGCGCGCCCAGACGCCACGGCUGAUGCAGGUGGCGCGUGAUGCCACUGUGCUCAGGGGAGAACUCACCAGAAAGGUGGUCCUUCUGCUGGCACUGGCCGUGCAGAGGUUCCUGUACCCGCCGCCGAGCCCAAGCGCCGAGCAGAGCAGCCCCAUACAGGUCGUGAUUCUUUGCCCCGAAGGAGGGCACCUCUACCACCUCCGCCAUUGCCCCCAAAGGAGGAGGAGAGCGAAGAAGGAGAAGAAUCAGAAGAGGAGACCAGGGAUCGAUCAGUGGGUCGAAGCCCAGCCCCUGAUCAUCGGCCUUUGCCAGACGGUUCAAGGCGACCGCCUGAGCCUGACACCCAUCGCGGAGAAGGAAGCGAUCGAAGGGAGUCCCGCAGGGCCCGAGACGCUGGGAGCACCCGUGCGUCCGACAGGUCCAGGAGAUCCCGGAAACGAGAGCAUCGAGAACAUCGAGACGGUCAUAGCUCAAGGAGGGGCCGCACUCGAGGGAGCUGAAGUUGACGUGGACUCACACGAACAAUGGAGCGCUCUGCAACCAGUACCCGGCCUAGUCGUAGAAUUCAGUGCCAAAACCUCGUCAUUGGCUCAUGUAGAAGACGACUGGGCUGCCUAUUUUAUCAGCAAAGUGGAAAAUCGUUUGGACGGAAGCUUGGUUUUGUCUGGUCAUUACAUGGGAUGCACCGACCCCGACUUGGGAAAGCAGUUGGAGGAGACGGCACCCAGGCUCUGGAGUUUCGAGAACUUCAAAGGGUGCGACUAUGUUGUGGCUUCCAAGUGGACUGCCGCCAAACGGUGGAUAAAGGCUUUGGAAGAGGAGAAGGGAGAGACCCCGGGAGGCAAGAAGGGGCCUGGGCGCAAACCUCCUGGCGCUGGCAGGGCCGCUGGCCGGUUGGCCGGGCCGUCCCGUCGCCGCGCGGCCAAGGAGAAACCUGGGCCCGACACUGCCAUACCGGGAGAUCUCAGAGCCAAGCUCCGCGAGAAGUUGGCAGCCGCAAAGAAAAUGAAAGACGCUGGCACUCCAGCCGCAGACGUCGAGGAAUCAGAGGUGGUUGCAAGCUCAGAGGAGAAAUCGUCUUAUACAGAUGAGGAAGAACCACUGGGAACGGGAACAACUCUCCCCACACUGCGCCCGCCGGCACUUCGCCGAGGCGAUGGCGCGCGCGUCGAGGGGGUGGAAGAUCCAUCAGCUAUAAGAGAUAUUUCUACCAAAAGCUGGAGCGGCCAGCUGGCUUUGAAAGCCCUGGAAGUGACCAAUCAGGAGGCGAAGAAGAAGAAGAAGAAGAAGAGCAAGCAUCCUGGCAAGGAGAUGGCAGAAGCGUUAGCCAAGAUCCUUACACAGGAUGGCAAGAAGAAAAAGAAGAAGAAGAAGAAAAGAAAGCGAACAGUCCUAGCAGAUGGGACGAUACGCAGCUACAGUGCCAGUUCGAGCGCGUCUUCGGACUCGGAGGAGAAGAAGGACGAGUCAGAGACAGAUCUCGAGGCCCCGGUCAAGAAACGAAGCCGGGACAAACCGGGAAGUGUGCUGGCAAUGUUGGUGAACCAUGUCAGAGAUCAAAUGGAACAAGCGGCACUUACCGAUCUUCCACAAGGUCAUCAAGCAGUGACUUCAGGGGUGAAGUUAGCCACAUACUUCGCCCAGCAAGUGAGACCAGCGCAUCCCACGUUCCUGAGGGAACUGAGGGAAAUGCAUUCCCUCGCUGCUACGAUGGACCUCCUCAGGAGGGGAGACAUAGCGAGGGUUGGAGACUCGUUGGCGGCGCGCUUCAUGGCGCUACAUCAAAGCAUCCUGGACAAUGGAUGGACCACGGCGCGCUUCAUGGAACUACAUCCUAUGGAAGAAAGCGCCGCAGGAUCGGCCUCAAUUGUCCUGGCCUCACGAAAACAUGGAAGGUUAGUAGACAAGGUACAAGGAAAGGGAACUCCGGCAUGGGGCAAUUGGGGCUGGGGAGCGCGAGGUUGUGGAAAAGGCGGUUGGAAAGGAUCCGGCGAGUUCAGCAACGCUGGCAAGGGCGAGAAAGGAAAGGGCAAAGAUCGCGGCAAGAAAGGAAAACACAAGGGCAACCAAGGGACCUGGGACGAGAAGACCUCGGACUGGGCCAAGAGCAAGGUGUUGAGCUGCUGCACAACCUUGAAAAGGAGUGGAUGUGCGCUGGCAUGGUGCCUGGCUCACGGCUGCAAUAUUACAGAGUUGCAUGACACGGUUUUUCAGGUGAGGGACUUCUUCACCCCCGGCAUGAAGCACAGGGUGGCCCGCAAGCGUGCCAUCUUUCCUUUGCACGAGGGAGAUUUUGCCUCAGCACUACGGCUUUUUGCAAGUGUGAAUUUAACAGACUCGGUUACCGAGGAUUUCACCAGCCUGUGGAGUCGAACUGCUUGGACCAUGCUGUCAUGUUAUGCCUGCCAGACUUUAGGGCAUGGCCACACCCCCUUCUUGAAGGGAAAGUGGACUGCGCUGGAGACUCGACUGGUGGCUGCCGUGGAACAGACUGUCAAUAGGAUGUUAAGCCACGGCCAUGCGGAGGUGAAAGACACUGAGGCGGUUGAAAAAGAGUUGAAGAAGCGCAGGGUCAGUUACGAGGGGGAAGAAAUAGGUGAGAUUAUUCACCAAGAGGCUGAGCGGUUGUGGACAGCUGCUGGAGUGGUGUCAGCGGCAAAGAAGCGAAAAUCAGGGGAAAUCACUGGACAAGAGUUGGGAGCAUAUUUGAAUGGAAGUGAGCGCACAAUGGGCCCAUCGCCAGAGAGGAUGAUCAACUUACUUUUGGGAACUAUGGCACUCUUGAGCAGGAGAACGUUGUCACGAAAGUUACUGCAGGUCAUAGCUGGAAGAUGGAUACAUGUGUUUCAGUAUCGGCGACCAGCCAUGAGUUUUUUAGAGAGUACCUGGGAGUUUAUUAGCUCAAAAGGGACGCUACUGGACCUACAGUACAAAGUUCGCCGAGAAUUGUUUGCUUGUAUGUGUGGACUACCUAUGAUGCACACAUUCCUGGGAGCUGAGAUUUCAGAUGUCAUAACUGCCAGUGACGCCUCAAGCAUUGGAGGGGCGGUUGGUAUCGCAACACAACUCAGCAGCGAAGGAGAGGACUUUGUGAAGAGCAGUUUGAGAGCUGACAACCCCCAGCCCACGGGCAUCAUGGUGUUGUCGUUGUUUCAUGGAAUAGGAGGGUCAUUUAGAGCUUACGACGUGCUGGGAAUCCGACCUGAUGCGUUAGUGGCCUUUGACAUUCACCAACCUGCAAUGAGGAUCACUUCCCGACGGUGGCCCCAUGCAGAGCUUUAUGGAGAUGUCAGACAACUGAACAAGGCACAACUGGAACAACUUCUCAUGAGAUACCCCACAGUGACUGAAUUGCACGUGUGGGGUGGCUUUCCAUGUGUAGACCUGUCAUCGGUCAAUGUCCGAGGGCAGGGAUUGGAUGGGCCGCAAUCAUCCCUGUUCUAUGAACUGAAGCGGGUCUUGAAGGAGCUCAAGGAGAUAGGACAUAUUAAGGUCAAGUUCAUAGCUGAGAAUGUCGCAUCAAUGCCCAAGCACGAAUGUGAACGGAUAACUGAAGAACUGCAGGUGAAACCAUACCAUCUCAACUGUGCAGAUGCUGUGCCCAUGCAGAGACCCAGAUUAUGCUGGACAUCCGAAUGUCUUGAGGGCUGCCUCGGAGGAAUAACUUUCAGCGAAGAGCAGUAUUGGGUUGCAGUCUCUGCCCCAGCCUCGUAUCCACAGCAAGCUGACUGGAUAACAGAAGGCACGUGGUGGCCAGGCGGAGAUGAAGGCUAUACUUUGCCUACUGCGCUAAAGAGCAUUGAGCGAAAAAGGCCACCACCAGCUCCGGCGGGCAUACACAGGGUCUUCCAUGUGACUGAUAGCUAUAUCUGCAUGAGCGUGAUCUCGAAGGGACGCACCAGCAGCAGACAGCUCUCUCGGGUACUCAAGAAGGAAACUGUCAGCAUAACAAAUGCAGUGGCGCUGGAAAUUCUCCGUGCAGCCUCAGAGGACCAACAAGCGCAAGGCAUGCAUAAGGAUCGCAAAAAGGCUUGGCAAGACAAGCAAGAGAAGGAAAAGAAGGAAGAGAAAGAAGAGAAAGAAGAAAAACAAGAAAAGUCGGAGGCGCAUGAGAACCCGAAGCCUCCGCCCAGUCCAGAGGACUUGUUGAAGGAAGAGGAGGCCGCAGCACUUCGCAUCCAAAGUCUCUACCGCGGUCAGAAGGAUCGCCAGACCGUGAAAGCUAUGGCGGCGCAGGAAGCACAGGCGGUGCCACGGCGCAACGGUUGUUGGCUCGGGGAGAGCCGGGAAAUGGCCAUUUGA